ACUGUGAUGACUGAUCCUGUGCAGUGACAUCUGCCCGGCAAGUGACCGGGACACACGGCCCUCGACUCAGGACUUCUCCUUUCUCAUCCAAUCCGGGCUUAAGAGCCUCUUACGACAAUGAAGAUAGUCCUCACCGGCAGCACGGGCUUCAUCGGCAGCGAGAUCCUCAAACAAUGCAUCGCCCACACCUUCAUCUCCCACAUCUACGUCCUCACCCGCCGUCCGCUCGACAAUCGCUUCUCCCACAAAAAGGUCACCCAGCUCCUGCACGAGGAGUUCGAGACCUAUAGCCCCGAGCUCCUCGAUCGACUCCGUGAAGAAGGCGUAGAAGCCUGUAUAUGGUCGCUAGGAGGUAGCGUGCAGCAGUUCAAGGACCUCGAUGAAGCAAGAAGAGUUGGUGUGAAUUAUCCUGUUGCUGCAGCGGAGGCUUUCGCGGGACAUUUGGCUACGGCGUUGGAGCCGCAUACCGGGUUUCCGGAGAAGAGUCCUGCCGCUGGGGAGAAGAGGUUUCCGUUCCGGUUUGUUUUUAUAUCGGGCUGGGGAGCGGAGGUUGAUCAAUUUCGAAGACUGUGGAUGUAUGCCGACAGUCGAAAGAUCAAG